AUGAUUUUCUAUAAUUUUCCUAUAAUAUUUUAUAUUCUCCUUAAAAAGGUUGUUGUCUUUGCUGCCUGUUUCGCUUAUGCUGCUGCCGGUGUUGUUCAUCCCACUGCUUUAGCUGCUGCUCCCGCUGCUGUAGCAGCUUAUGCUAAUUCUCCUUUGUAUGCUGCUGGUGGCAGUCAACAAAUUGAUGUUCGUCACAACUACGAUGGCACUUUGUCUUCUUACACCACCACCCCCUUCGCUUACACUUCUCCCGUGUCUAGCCGUUAUGUAGCUGGUGCUCCUGCUGCCUAUGCUGCUCCUGCUACUUUCGCCGCUCCCGCUGCUGCCCCAGCUACCUUUGCUCCUGCUACUUAUGCCGCCCCUGCUGCUUAUGCUUCUCCUGCUGCUUAUGCCGCCCCUGCUACUUUCGCCGCUCCAGCUAGAUAUGUUGCCCCCGCUGGUGUUGCUUCUCCUUUCGCUGUAGCUUCACCUUAUACUGCUCAAUAUGGUGCUUAUGCUGCUCCUUUCGCUGCUGCCCCCGCUAAAUUAUUUGUUUAA